AUGCUCCCCAACUGGCUGCGCAGAAACGCAGAGUGGAACUGUGGCUACGAGGGAAAUGAUUUGAAUCUCGUCGUCCUACAAGAUUCCUCCGACUGGGAGAACAUAUUCCGAGUUCGUCUAAUUCCCGCUGGCGUGAUGUGUAAUGAAGAAGACAUUACUGUCAAGAUGAGAGUCGGUGUCGUUUUGCCCGAGCCUCAGAGGCCCCGGGACCCCAUGUCCUACAUGAUAUCCGACGGGGACUUUUCUGUGGGAAUUCAGCUCUUGGAUCCCAACCACGAUUACGCCACACUUGGUCCUUACCGAGCUGUUGAAGGUGAGUCCGCCAGAGCCAAGCUGCGAAAUCCUAAUGUAGAUGUCGCGGCGACUGUUAGAUCCACUUCAAGGAAUAACCCAGACCAGUUUGAGCUAUCUUUCAAGCCCAGCGAGCUCUUUGGAUCUGCGUACUGUGCCAUAGAUGAUGGCCACAAGAUUGUGGCCCAGUAUUCCGAUACCUUACAGUUGAGUCGGGGACUGACCUUUGAGUUGUAUCGUUUUAAAAGCACUGAAAGGUAUACCAUCAACUACAUUGAAAUCACCGUGUACAAGGAUUCACAGAAGAUUUGA